UUGGUCAGGCAACACCAAGAGGAAAUCCGAAUGGAAAUCACGGCCACCAGUUGAUUAACAUUGUGAUUGCAGUGUAGUAGGGAAUUUACGGGCAUAACAAACAAAUGACCUACUAGACUAACUUAGUAAAAUUAGUCAACACAGUAACUAUGAUGUCAAUGGACUGGUUGCGGGUCAACAAGAUCUGGUUUUUUCUGGUCUUUCUCCGGUUCUGUCUGGUUUUUCUGCCGCAACAAGGAUACAUCCAUCCUGAUGAGUUUUUCCAAAGCACAGAAGUCAUCGCAGGCGAUGUGCUGAAUGUUUCUGUGGUGCGGAGCUGGGAAUUUUCUGCGGGACUGCGAUCCGUUCCACCCAUGUACUUCCAGUCGGGUGCUCCAUUCCAUCUGAUGAAGGUGUUACCCUCGUUUAGAACAGCCUACUGGGCCGUUGUUUUGCCACGAUUAACCGUCUGCCUUCUUAGUUUGAUUGUGGAUGUCGCCAUGGCUCGUAUUUGUGGUGUGUUCAGCUUGGAGAGUGCGACUCCUCUGCGUCUUUUAGCAUCGUCGUAUGUCGUUCUCAUCUACCUAACGAGACCUUUCUCUAAUGCCUUGGAGACUAUUGUAUUUUCUCUAUUUUUAAUUCUAGUGUCUAAAACUGUGAAAGGUAUCCAAUGUUCUCAAGCGAAAAUAUCUAAAGAGGUUGAGACUUGGCAGAAUGAUCAAUAUCGUAGGAUAACUCUAGAGGAGUUCCGAAACAAACACUCAAAAUGUGCAGAGAGUGAACACAUCGAAGAUUCCUCCACACUAACUGUUUUAUUAAUUGGUGUUGUUACGGCCAUUGGAUUAUUUGUCCGACCAACUUUUGCAGCCUUUAGUUUUGGUCCUAUCGUGUGGCUUAUCACGGCCGUUGUGAUUGGUGGAAGGAGUGUGGUGUCGUACGUAUUCAUCAUGAGUGUCGGUGCUCUGAUUCCGUCCAUUUUAAUCGUUCUCGUAGACACACGGUAUUACCAUGGAACUUCUGUUCUUGACUUUUUAUCAAAAUUUCGACAAUGCGUGGUGACCUCUGAAAAUGUAGCUGAAUGCUGGGAGGAUUUUUUCGGGAUGUUUGUGGUGACCCCUUGGAAUUUCAUGAAAUACAACUCCGACCCCGACAAUUUAUCCUCACAUGGACGACACCCCCUUUACACCCAUUUCCUUGUCAACUUGCCGGUUUUGUUUGGGCCUCUUGUCUUGUUAUUUCUGAGAGAACUGUUUGUAUUCCUUUUGAGACGGUCCAUGUCGCUUCGUGGUCUCCUGCUGUGUUUUGUAUUGACCCCCAUCCUGAUUCUGUCAAUGUUUUCUCAUCAGGAGCCCCGUUUUCUACUGCCAGUCCUACCCCUGGUAAUUCUGCUGUGUGCCUUGUGUUUACAAGAUGUCCGAUACAAACAAACAUGCGUAUCUCUGUGGUGUAUAUUUAAUUUGUCCACCAUCUUGUUUUAUGGAUUUGUACAUCAGGGGGGAGUUGUCCCCCUUUUGUCCUAUGUAGAAAAACACUCACAUGGUCCAGAUGCAGUUUUCAGUCAUCAGGAUCACUUUUUCUUCUACCAUACAUACAUGCCACCAAGAUCUUUGUUGCUAAGCAACUCAUCCUUAAAACAGAUCAUAGAUCUUCAGGGAUCUCCAAUGCAGAAUCUCACCGACAGCAUAAAAAGACAGCAGCUCGGCAGUAGUUAUGUAGCUCUUCCAGGAACUCUCAUGGAGGACUUUGUGCAACAGAACAUCAGUUUUGAUGUUACAAAAAUAUUUCCGCUCCACUUGUCUGUGGAGGACCCUCCUCCGCUAGAGGUCGUGCGGGAACUCUGGCAAAGUUUCAAAUCAGCGUCAACAAAACUUCCUGAUAUGUUGUCACUUUAUCUCGUCAAAUUAAAGAAUUAACUCUGUGUAUUUCGAACAAUGGGUUUGGAGCCUUGUAUUUGGUUAUAUACAUGUUUAUAUCACGCAAAGAGAAAUCCAUGCUGCUGUGGAGAUUAUUAUGAUAACAAGUGUAUUACUGCAGUACUAAUUAAUCAAUUAUCAGUACUAAUUAAUCAAUUAUCAAUACUAAUUAAUCAAUUAUCAGGAUUCCAUUGUGUUUUAUUGGAUUUGUUUGAUUUAUUGUACGUUUAUUUUCCUAGUGAGGGUUGCUGUUUUGUUUACCCUCAGUGACAUGAAUCUCGGCGUCUUUUUGCUUUAACACUUAUCAAAGAUAAGUUUUAAAAGAUGUAGGACUCGAAAUGAAUUUGGUAUGAGCUUAAGGCAAAAAUAAAGAUCAGAAAUGAUAUACAAAUAUCGCUGGUUGGCUCGAGAAAUGAUAUAUAGAUAUCCCAGGUCAGAUUGAGAAAUGAUAUAUAAAUAUCGCAGGUCAGAUCGAGAAAUGGUAUAUAAAUAUCGCAUGUCAGCUCAAGAAAAUAAAGAUAAGAAAUGAUAUGCAAAUAUUGCAGAUCAGCAUGAGAUGUGGUCUUCUUGUGUGUAAAAACUUCACAAUCACUGGAGAGGGAAUUCCAGAAAUUAUCACUGUGAAGAGAUGUUGAGAUUUGGAGCGCUUGGCAUAUUAUGCAUGUACAUGUAUUGUAUUACCUGAACGGACAGUUUGUAAUAAAAUGGACAAGAACUUAA